AUGCAUAAACUUUUCUUUCAAAAAUAUGAACCGGAUGUUUACGUCGCAAUACAGAAUGACCCACAAGUUACACCUGAAGUUCCUUAUGACUAUUUUUAUAGACAUUUCGUAACAAACUACAAAUACUCUUUCGCUAAGCCACAAUCUCAUACAUGCCAAAAGUGUGAUAGACUGGAUAAUCUUUUAUCUGGGAAAAGAGAUGAACAAAAAGUCUAA